AUGUCGACGGCCACCCGGACACCAUCGCCGUCCUCGCUGUCAGCGUGCGGACCGUCGUCAUCCUCCAGUCACCCCAAUGCCAACCAAUCCUCACCCAAAUCGAAGACAUCGGUGACGUCGUCGACGAAAAGUGAUUCGGACCCUCCGGUGCCACCACCCGAACACAAACCAUCCUCUUCUUUCUCAAUUGGGCGCAUCUUUUUUAGGAACAGCAGUAGCAGUACGAAAAGAGACUCUGUCGACUCGGGCAAAGAUGACGAAACGGGACGAUCACCUGCCACAAGUAGACCUGGCUCGCCGAAUCCAGGAGGAGACAAAUCACCACAAAUGUCUACUACAAGACGAUUGGCUGGGUUCGCUAGCAGAUCGAUUCGAAAAAGUCAAUGGCGUCUCUUUAAACAUCGCACAUUCUUCGGCUCCCAGAGGAGUAGUAUGAAGAAAAAUCAAUUACAACUACCCCGCCUAACUCUUCGACACCCAUCAAUCGAUAGUUCUGCGAUGCCUUUACAGUUGGAUGUGGAGGAGAAUCCGAUUGGAGAAGCUGAUGAGUUCUUGCAGAUAAGGAGGAGUACGCAGAGGAGAUGGACUGACUCCGAUACCACGGAGGUGAGAACUCAAAAAAAAAAGUUGGCUCAAAAUUCGGUAAGUGAUUGCUCUGUGGGACCCGAACACGUGACCGAACGCGCAUGGGUACAAAACCGCAACCGGCUGAGCUACACGGCCGAGAACGCAGCCGCCCACUCGGGGCUGUGA